AAUUUGCGCCGACUUUCGACCAACGUUACGACGUUACCUUUCGGCUCUGACUUUCGGUUGACUGGUUCAGGACGGCGAGUACGAUGCCCCUCCUUCCUCCCCCCUCCGUCAAGUCGGCCAAGGCAACCAAGGCCGUGCCAGAUAUCGCAGAUCUGAGAUCCAGCCCGCUGAUCACGGACAAGUCUUCCCUCCGAGAGGAUGAAGCUCCAGGACUACCAGUGGAUGAUCUUCGUUGCCCUGUUCCUGGGCUACGCCUGCUACAGCUACAACCGCAAGAGCGUGUCCUUCGCGCUGCCCGCACUGACGGUGGAAGGACUGAGCAAAGAGCAGGCAGGUACGAUGAUGAGUGCCCAGAACCUGGCCUAUGCCGGCAGCAAGUUCACGUGCGGGGUGCUUGCGGACCGACUUAGCACUCGGUUGCUGUUUGGCGUGGGACUGGUGUUGAGCGGGCUGGUCACCUUGGGCUUCAGCGCAACUUCAGUGUCUUCCCUGGCGGGUUACCUGGUGUCCAUCCUCUGGUGCCUUAACGGCAUCGCCCAGGGCUGUGGCUGGCCAGCCCUUGUCAAGCUGCUCCAGCAGUGGUUCCCUCCUUCUUCCUUCGGAACGUCAUACGGUAUCCUGGCUGCCUCGUCCAACAUCUCCCUGAGCCUUGCCCCUGUGCUCGCCUCUUUCCUGAUCCUGAACUACGACUGGCGUGUUAGUCUCCUGGUCGCAGGUGCCCUACCCAUAGUUGCGGGGCUUGCUUCUAGGUUGGCACUGGUGGACAAGCCCACUGACGUUGGCCUCCAGGCUGUCGUGGAAGAUGCUCGGCAAGGUGAGGACAACCGUAGCUUGGCAACUGUGAUGGAUCUGGUAAAAAGUCCAUUCAUCUGGCUGAUGUCCCUGGGCUACUUGACAGCCUUCGGCGCCAAGACUGGUGCAGUCGACUGGGGCCAGCUGUACCUCAUACAAGACCUCGGCCAUUCUCAGUUUGCUGCGAGUGCCCUCAUGAGCUGCAUAGAGGCUGGAGGACUCUUGGGAGGCAUCUUGGCAGGAUACCUGACAGACAAGAAAGUGCGCACGAGUGAUUCGUCGCGGAGCAGCCCAAGGGUUCCACUGGCUGUGCUCUUCACGGCGUGCUCUGCGGUAGCCUUUCAUCUGCUGGGCUUCAACGUCGGUCGGGAAUCCUCGGAGUGGUGGAUCGGUGCCAUCGGGCUGGUCCUCGGGGUGGGCACGUACGGCCCAAUGGCCAUCUUCGGUGUCGUCGCUUCCGAGUCUGCUCCUGCGCACCUCACGAGCACGUCGCACGCCAUCGUCGCCCUGGCUGGCAGUGUAGGUGGAGUCCUUGCGGGGCUGCCGUUCAGCAUCAUCGCAGAGUACUACCAGUGGCGAGGAGUGUUUCUGCUCUUGGAAGUUGUCAGCGCAGUCACGGCAGUGCUGCUCUUUCUUGGAAGGAAUCUGAACUCGAGGUUGGGAAGCAGGUCGGAGAACGCAGAGAUGCUGCCAGUGGUGGCACCACCUGAAGCUGCGUGAUGUCGUCCUUCACAGGAUUGUUUUUCGUUGAAUAGGCGAUAAAUCCCUUACUUUUAG